AAUAAUACUUUAACAAUGGGUUCCGAUCACACUCACAGACGUUGGAGCAAUUUGCGAAAAGUAUUAGAAAGAUCUGGUCCUUUUUGUAGACCGGAUUUUGAACCAUCGUCAGAAACCUUACAAUUUUUGCUAGACAAUUGUAAGAUCCUCGUUAUUGGAGCUGGUGGUUUAGGAUGCGAAUUACUCAAAGACUUAGCAUUGAUGGGAUUUAGACAGAUUCAUGUGAUCGACAUGGACACGAUUGAAUUGUCUAACCUCAAUCGGCAAUUCCUCUUUCGUCAUAAAGACAUUGGCUCCUCAAAAGCAGAAGUAGCUGCAAAAUUUAUCAAUGCUAGAAUACCAGGCUGUAAUGUUAUAUCACAUUGUUGCAAAAUACAAGACAAAGCUGAAGAAUUUUAUAGACAAUUUCAUAUAGUGGUUUGUGGUUUGGAUUCAAUAGUUGCAAGAAGAUGGAUCAAUGGUAUGCUAUUGUCUUUGUUGGUUUAUGAGGAUGGUGAAUUAGAUCGGUCAAGUGUAAUACCAAUCAUUGAUGGAGGAACAGAAGGUUUUAAAGGAAAUGCCAGAGUAAUACUGCCUGGCAUAACUGCUUGUAUUGAGUGCACUUUAGAUUUAUAUCCUCCUCAGGUUACAUAUCCAUUAUGCACAAUAGCAAACACUCCACGCUUACCAGAGCAUUGUAUAGAAUAUGUGAAAGUAAUUCAGUGGCCAAAGGAAAAUCCAUUUGAUUGUGCAAUAGAUGGAGAUGACCCUCAGCACAUAAAUUGGAUUUAUGAAAAGUCCAAUGAAAGAGCAGCACAAUUUGGAAUACAGGGUUUAACAUACAGAUUAGUGCAAGGGGUAGUUAAAAACAUUAUACCUGCUGUAGCAUCUACAAAUGCUGUUAUUGCUGCAACAUGUGCUACAGAGGCAUUUAAGUUAGCUAGCAGUUGCAGUGCUUCGUUGAAUAAUUAUAUGGUACUGAAUGAUGUAGAUGGAAUUUAUACUUACACUUAUGAGGCAGAAAGGAAAGAAGACUGUGUGGCAUGCAGCCAAAUUCCAAAAGAAAUAGAGAUUAAUAAUCCUAAGUUUAAAUUAAAAGACUUAAUAGACCUUUUGCGUGAAAGAGCUGAUUUGCAAAUGAAAAAUCCAGGCCUCACAGCGUGCAUUGAUGGCAAAAACAAAACUUUGUAUAUGCAAACUGUACCAAGUAUCGAAGAAAGAACACGCGAGAAUCUAACAAAAACAUUAGUUAAUCUUGGACUCAAAAAUGGCAGCGAGAUAAAUGUUGCCGACGUUACUACUCCUAAUGCGAUUGUAUUAAAAUUAAAAUUUGUAUAUUGUAAUUCAGAUAUGUGA